CAUCCGGUUAUGUCAGUUUGGAUGGUAUCAUUAUUUCUGAUUUGUUGGUGUUCUCCACGUUCUUUUCUUUGCGAUUCUUUCUAUCGCUCUUUGGUGGUUCUCUAAAAGGUGUGGAUGGGGUGGUUUUACGUUAGAGCCAGCGAAGAACUUUUCCCGGCUGGACGCUGACCCAAUAUGAAGUCGUCCAAGCCGGCAUUACCAAGCAUGUCCCACUGUUCUCCGUUCUCCUGAGAUGCGUCAACCGUGGGAUCACAUCAGUGGCAUUAUAUCAUAUUCUCAUCAGAUAUUCCUUUCCUGUUCACGGCAUCCGGUCUGAUCCUCCUUAUCAGAUGACUCCCAAACACAAAACAACCCUGGGCAAGCCAUCGGGCUCGCUCAACGCCCCCAUCGCCGCCUUCACCAUGGCUAUCGUGUUGUGCUCCUACUGCUUCUCGUCUAUCCGUUCUGCCCGUCGUGAAGCCCAGUCUUCUCAGUCUGAUAACAAUAAUCAUAUUCGUGCUGGUCCUUUACUGGAUCGACAGUCGCAGUCGUCAUGGGUACAGCAGGCAUUGGAGGAACAGAAAAGGAGUCCCAAAUAGUUUCUUUUUGUGUUUUUCUUUUGUACGACUACGUGUUAGAUAGCGUUGAUAAUCAUGACUUGGUGAUGAACUGGCAUCAAUAGCAAUAGUGAUAUUAAUAUUUAUUCUGACUGACAGUCAUGUGUAACCUCAACAACCAUAUCGUUCAUCGUCAAAUCAGAAUUUUCAGUGUAUCAAUGAUCAUCUCCAGGCACUCUUGGUACUACUGGAUCUACCAUUAAAAAGAAUUCAUCAUCUUAUUGAAAUGAAGAUCGGUCGCUGUAGAUUGUUAAUACCAUAAGAGCAAUCAUAAUUCUCUUUCCUGACGAUCUCAUCAUAUCAUCUGGAUGUCUUGGUGAAUUCCGG